CACACUCUUCUUCCUCAUAACACUGCUCCCCACAACUCUGCUGCCCUGUGUGUGUAGUGAGGUGCAGCCGCUGCCAGGCCAUGGCCCCACUCUCACUGGCCCUCCUGCUCUUUGGCUGGUUGUUGCCCGGUGCUGCUGGGACAGAACUGAACAACAGGCCCAUAAUAGGGAUCGUGGCACAAGAAGUGACAGACAAAGAGUUCUUUCCCUUCGGUGCCACGUACAUUGCAGACUCGUAUGUGAAGUUCCUGGAAUCAGCUGGGAGCCGGGUGGUGCCCAUUCGGCUGAAUUUGCCAGAAGAGGAAUAUCGUAAACUCUUCAAGUCCAUUAAUGGGGUUUUGUUUCCAGGGGGAUCAGUCGAUCUUCAGGUAUCCAGCUUUUCAAGGACCACCAGAAUAUUUUACAAACUGGCUGUUGAGGCCUCUUCCUCAGGUCACUAUUUUCCAAUAUGGGGGACAUGCAUGGGGUUCCAGAUCCUUACCGCCCUCACAGCCGGAGCUGAUUUACUAUCUGCCACUGCUGCUGAGAACAUAUCGCUUCCUCUCAACCUGACGGAUGAGGUGGCCUCCAGCAGAAUGUUUCACCAUGCCCCACCAGAUCUACUAAGGGUUCUAAGCCAGGAAAGGGUGACUGCCAAUUUCCACCAUUUUGGCCUUACCCCUGAGACUUUCAGAGCCAACAAAAAGCUUUCUGAGUUUUACCGAGUGUUAUCCACAAACCGAGACACCAAUGGAGUAGAAUUCAUAUCUACAAUAGAGGCUCGGAAUCAUCCGAUAUAUGGUGUCCAGUGGCACCCAGAGGUAAAUCGCUUCCAGUGGCGCAGUGACAUGUCCUAUCCACAUUCUGCCAAUGCAAUCUGGACAUCACAGUACUUUGCAGACUUCUUUGUGAAUGAAGCCCGUAAGAGUCAGAACCACUUCUUGUCUGAGGAGGAAGAGAAUGCCGCUCUGAUAUAUAACUGGACUCCUACAUACACAGCCAAUAUCAGUGGAUAUGAGCAAGCCUACUUCUUCUAGAUCUGCUCACAUCUCCCUCUGUGGGUACAGGGUGGCUCUCUGUGUUACAGUGGGUUACAUGUUAUUUGAAAUGCCUUGUGUUGCAUAUUACUGACUGUGCUUUCUCUUGUUCCACCCUAUCUUUUGCCCAGAUUAUUUCUUAUCUUUCUCCAGCCAUUUUAUAUUCUCUUUCAGGGAGUCAGGGAGUUCUACUAAUUAACUACCUCACAAUGCCAUGAUGACUCCAACUGUAUACCUCAAAUGUAAGCACUCCCUAACUGUAGUCUUUUAUCAGGGAAGUAUACAGACUGCAUACCCAUGAUGCACUUUAAGAAUUAUAAUCACAGGAGAGCAACAGUAUAAGCCUAUAGUUAUGUGGAGUUAUCUCUGUUGUCUAUCGUUUCCAUAAUAGAUCUUUGCACAAUAUGGGCACACAGCUGGUGUAGAUCUGGCUGAUUCAAACUUUGGCCCAUUGUACAAUGAUAAGAACAUUGUGGGGGCCUAUUAAACAGGCAGCAAUGUAGAAAUCAACUUUAGCAUGAGAAAAUGCUCUGCUUAGAAUUGCACCUCUCUUUGCACUUUAGGGUAAAGACACACAGAGCUACUUUGUAGCAGCUAUUUUUUCACAGCUACUAAAUGCCAGAAAAUACUCUGCCAUAGAUAGUACUGAGAAUUGCCUCUGCUAAAACACACGUAAAGGCAAUUAUCAUUAAGUGAACAGUAUUGUCUAUUUUUGUAACCAUGACAAGUAGCUGCUACUAGUAGCUCCGUGUGUCUUCACCUUUAUACAUGCACUGUAGGAGUGACAGUUGGCCAUUGUUUAUGCUAUCCUCAGUUUGGAUAUGUCCUCCAUUUAAAAGAAAUUAAAGUAUUUUGUUUACACCAAUGCAA